AUGGCACCAAGUAAUCCUGAUCCAACAUCCACUCUCCACGUGGCAGUAAUCGGAGCCGGAGCCGCCGGGCUCGUAGCUGCUCGUGAGCUACGUCGUGAAGGACACUCUGUGGUCGUCCUAGAGCGCGGGAGCCAAAUCGGAGGCGUGUGGGCUUACACCUCUCAAGUCGAACCGGACCCGCUAAGCCUCGAUCCGACCCGACCUGUCGUCCACUCAAGCCUCUACAAAUCCCUACGCACCAACAUCCCCAGAGAAUGCAUGGGUUUCACUGACUUCCCUUUUGCGGCCCGACCAAACGACGGGUCAAGGGAUCCGAGAAGACAUCCGGGUCAUAGUGAGGUUCUUGCUUACCUGAGAGACUUUGUUAAAGAAUUCGAUAUCGAGGAGAUGAUCAGGUUUGAGACGGAGGUUGUUAAGGCGGAGCCGGCGGCGGAGGAGGAGAAUUGUCGGAAGUGGAAGGUUGAGUCGAGAAACGCCGAUGGUGUUGCCCACGAGAUAUACGACGCCGUCGUGGUUUGUAACGGACACUAUACAGAGCCACGUCAUGCUCUUAUCGCUGGCAUAGAUACAUGGCCAGGAAAGCAAGUUCACAGCCACAAUUACCGUGUUCCAGAUCAGUUCAAAGAUCAGGUAGUGAUAGUUAUCGGUAGCUCAGCGAGCGGUGUUGAUAUAAGCAGAGAUAUAGGGAAAGUUGCUAAAGAAGUCCACGUCUCAUCUAGAUCGACUUCACCGGAGACUUACGAGAAGCUUCCCGGUUACGACAAUCUCUGGCUUCACUCAACGAUUGAAACUGCCCGUGAAGACGGCUCGGUGGUUUUCAAAAAUGAAAAGACGGUCUACGCCGAUACCAUUAUGCAUUGUACCGGGUACAAGUAUUACUUCCCGUUUCUUGACACGAAAGGCGAAGUGACCGUUGAAGAUAAUCGUGUUGGACCGUUGUAUAAACAUGUAUUUCCUCCAGCUCUUGCCCCAGGCCUUUCCUUCAUCGGCUUACCAUGGCAGAUCACUCCCUUUCCCAUGUUUGAGCUUCAAAGCAAGUGGAUCGCAGCGGUUUUGUCUGGACGAGUAUCUCUCCCAUCGCAAGAUGAGAUGAUGGAAGACACUAAGGCUUUCUACGAUAAGCUCGAAGCCUCGGGUAUUCCCGUAAGAUAUACACAUUUGAUGCCUGAUGACUCUCAGUUUGAGUAUGAUAAUUGGCUUGCGGAUCAAUGUGACUAUCCACGGAUAGAGAAAUGGAGAGAAGAAAUGUUUUAUAUCGGUUUCAAGAGAAUUUAUGCACAAUCCGCUACAUAUAGGGAUAAUUGGGACGAUGAUCAUCUCAUCGUAGAAGCAUACAAUGAUUUUGUUAAAUUUAUGUCAAGCUAUCCAGAGCUUUUGCCGUUGUUGAAAACCUAA